UUUUUGUCAGAUGUCGGUAGAGUCUCAAAAGCAAUUUACGUGGACAACAUUCAACGCGACGACCAAAGUUCAGGACAAUACAUUUAUUUUUACUCUCUUCAUUUUUAUCCCCUUUCCCAUACUUUACACCUUUUAAUCUUCUCUCUAAUAAAAAUUUAUAAUUUAUUUCUGUUGUCCACUUCCGUUUUCUCAUCUUCCUUCUAUCAACACUUAAGCAUUCUUUUAACUUUAAAAUGCUCUUUUCUCAAGUGCGAACGUUGUUUAUACUAAGUGUAACAACAUUGCUUUCUCAUAAUUUACAACACAUAGUUGAUCGUCUUAGAGCGAACAACAAUAAAUAAAUUUAUUUAUCUUUUAAUGGUUAGGCUCAAAUUUACCAACCACUUAACAAUUAUUCAUCUCUACUCUUCUAUACAUCUUUGCUAGCUAGCUUCUUUAUAUUGGGUACCCGCUUCGAUCUAUCUGCGCCUAUCCGCUUCACGCCCGCUUUAUAAAAUAAAUUAUAGGGUCCCAAUCCGCGCCUCUGCGCCCAACCGCUUAAUGCUCUGCGCUUUUUGCAUUCCGCUUCUUGCUCGCUCCUGCGCUAUUCGCCUCUCCCUUUCUCUUCUGCGCUUUUUGCAUUCCGCUUCUUGCUCGCCCCUGCGCUAUUCGCAUUCCGCUUUUCUCUCUCCUGCGUUAUUCGCUCUUUCUAUUUAUUUUAACGCGACUUGCUCUAAAAUAAAAUAA